AUGAGUAAAAACGAUUAUACGAAAACAUUAACUCUUUCUAUUGACAAUCUCCAUUCGAAUAUAAAAUUCUUUUAUAAUCCAUUAUUUCGCAAACAUAUACAAGAGUAUUUAUUAAAUUCACAUCAUAUCGAAUCUAAAAUUCAAUUAUUACAAACACAAGAUAUUUUUCUUACAUUGACCGGUGAGAAAAAAAAUGUCAAAACAGCUCUACAAACAAUUCCGAAUUUAUUCGAAUUAAUACAAAUGAAAGUUUUCAAUAAUAAAGAAAUUCAUCAAAAAAUUAUCUAUUGGUCACAACAAAUUACAUCAGAUCUUAUUAUUCCUGUUAUACAACAAAUUAUGGAUCAACAAAAAAUAUUUACUAUAUGGGAAAAAACAACUCUAUUUUAUGGUUAUUUUAAAGUUAUUUAUUUUAUUCAUGAAUCAUUUAAAGUUUCUGAAAAUGAAAUUACAGAGAUAUUAAAUAAUCAAAUUGAAUACAUUGAAAAUAUUGAAAUGCCUAAAGAAAUAACUAAACAAUUUUUGAAUGAUAUUGAUCAAUUUAUUGCAAGUAAACAAAAUUCUGAACUAGCUAUUAUUCAUUGUAAAUAUCCAUAUAAAUCAAAUAUAAAAAUAAGUUUAUUUGGACAAAGAAAAUUAGUCAAAAAUGCUAAAAAACAAUUACAAUCGAUUAUUCAUAAACAUACAAUAAAAACUGUUCAAAUGAAAAUCGAUACAAAUCAACAUGAAUAUCUACUUGACAAUUGUAUUGAACAACUUGAUGAUAUUGAAAAUGAAUAUAAAAAUGAUAAUGUUAAAAUACGCAUACGAUUAAAAGAAUUUAGUUCACCACAAUAUUUAUUGGAAACUAUAGAAAAAAAAAUACAAAAACUUCUCCCUCAUAGAAUUGUUUGUCAAUAUGAACAAAUUGGAAAUUCUAUUCUAUUAACUGAUUAUGAUUAUCGACAAUUGAAUCGACUCGUUUAUGUUAACUAUGGUCGAAUAGAUCAAAUUGAAACAAAAACUAUAAUGAAAGUUUAUUCAAUUCCAAAAGCAUCAUCCACCACAUCGAAUAUAUCAAAUUCACUUAUACAACAAUCAAAUGAAUUUUUUUCAUCAUUAUCAAUGAGAAAAAUCUCAGUAUUAAAUGGUUCAAUAGAAAUUUAUUUAACAAAUCAAAGUAGUUCUAUACCGAGAGAUAUUACAAUUAUUUCAUCUCAAGCAGGAGCUACCGAAGAACAUAUAGACGUUAUGAGUGAUAAUGGAUAUUUAGAAAUGAAGACAGGUAGAAAAUUUCUAUUUCAUCGUUGGACACCAACAAUAGCAACCAAUGAUGAGAGAGAAAAUCAAAAAUUGAAAAAAUCAAUUGAAAAAUUUAUUUCUUCGGCUCUACAGGGUAUAACAGCAUGCUAUACUAGUGCAGAAACAAUAGUUUUUCAAACGAAUGAAUGGGAAAAUAUCGGACUUCAACUACAACAACAACAACUAUUAGCUAAUUGUCUUAUUAAUGAAGUUAAACAAUAUAUUAUAACAAGAAAAUUGCAUUGGAGAAUUUUAUUUAUUUUUAAUAAUCAACAAAUGAAUUUAUAUAAAGAAUUUUAUGAAAUUUUUAUUAAAUUACAAACAAAUCAAGAUGGAUUUGCUCAAUUUGUAUCCCCAGUAUCUAUAAUUCAAAUCACAUUGACAACAUCAUCAAAUCUCGAUCAAAUCAAAUGUGAAAAUGAAGUAAAUAAAUACAUUCAAAGAUAUAUAUUAGUCGAUAAAAAUUUAACUAAUGAAAUCGAUAUCAUACAAUGGGAUCAAAAUAUGAUAAAUGCUUUCUAUAAAUAUUGUUUAACUAAAUUAGUAUUACCCAAGAUUGAACUAAUCAAAAAUUUACAAAUACAUCUUAUUGGUUCAAUACGACAGGUUGAAAAAGCAAUAGAAAAAUAUAAAUUAAUGUCAGAUAUUUUAAAACAAAAAUCAUCUUUAAGAAUUCCACCACCAGUUACUCCUAGAAAAACAACUCAUUCAAAUUCAUUGAAUCGCAUUCGAUAUAAUAUUUAUUUUAGUUAUUGUCAAAAUGAUCAAACUUUUUGUAAUCGUAUAAAAAAUUAUUUAGUUAGUGAAAGUUAUUCUAUAUAUGAAACUUCAACAAAUACAACAUCAUUGCAAUCAUUUAUGGAUAAAUCCGAUGUCAUACUGAUUGCUUUCAGUGAAAAUUAUUCAAACAAUAAACAAUCGAUAGCUGAAUUGAAUUAUGCUAAAUCGAUAAAUAAACUUUUAAUUCCAUUUGUAAUUAGAAAUAAUACAGAAGAUAGUUAUUGGCUAUCAUCACUUACAGUUAAUGAAUUAUUUUAUGAUUUAUUCGAUUGUGAAAUUGAUCUUGAAUUCUAUGAUGAUUUCGAUCUUGAAUAUGAUAAACUAUUAUGUAAACUAUUGCGUUAUACAAAACCAGGUAUCACAGGUAUAACAUAUCCGGAAACACAUAAAUUGCCUCAGAUUAUUCGAAAUGAUGAAGACUAUGAAGUAGAAGCAUUUGGUCGUAUUUCAGUGGCUUUGCAAAAACUAACCCCUGAACAACAUGCUGAACGUAAAGAAGACUAUCAAUUACGAUUGACUGAAAAAAUGGCAAGAGAAAAAAUUCCAGAUGAUGAAAUAGAAGAAUUAGUAGAAGUAUUACAAGUUGUUAUCAAUGAUUCAGAAAGCGUUCUUCAAGAACUAAAUGACGAUACUAAAUUAAACACCAAUGAAAAUGAUACAAAAAAUGAAAUUCAUCGUGAUUGGAAAUUGGGAACUAUUCGUGAUUGUAUAAAUCGUGCACAACGUUGGUUAAGUAAAUCGUCAAAUAUGAUUCAAGGAAAUAUAACACCAUUUACUCCUACAGGAGAUAUAAAUGAUGCUAUUUUUAUCAUUCAUUAUUCAUCAAAUGAUCCAACAUAUAUGCAAAAUUCUAAACCAUUUGAUCAUUCAUCUCCGGCUAAAUAUUUUUCAACAUUGAAUUCGUAUAUGGGCUCAGGUUUUAAUAUGGAACAAGCACAUGAAUAUUGUCAUAGAUUAUUCAAAAAUACUAAAUCACCGCAUAAGAACGAGAAACAUGAAAUUAUUAAACAAGCUGAUCAUACAUUAUUUCUUAGUAAUGAAUUGAGAACACCAGAGGAAAUGCAAAAACUUGAAGAACUUGAUAAUCCAAAUCGUAUUUGGAAAGUUAAACCAGAUCGAGAAAAAUUUGUUCAACAAAAAAUUAAAAAUAUUCUUGAAUUUAAAGAAUUAUGUGAAAAAUCAAUGUAA